UGUUGUGGGUGAACAGUGCUAGCUUGAUUCAUCAAUCAAUGUUUAUGAUGAUAUUAUUAGUGGACAUCCUAUGAUGAUCUCUUCUAUUUGUUCAUGGUGCUAUGUGAAGUAAACUAGGCUUUCUAGGAGCCUUCUGAGUCAUUAGAUAGGAACAGUAACUGCAAUUGUUAUUCAGGCUAAUUUGGAUUCACUGCACACUACGUGAUGGAGAAAGACUUACAAAGGGCUCAGGGGGAAGAAGUUAGUGAGAGAGGUUUGCCUCUUGUCCAUGAAACUGGAGAUGAUCUUCAGGUUACUUAUCAGGAAGUGGAAGGAACAAGAGAACUCAACUAUCAGCAGUCCAUAGAAGUUCAGCAUGUUACUCAUCAUCAGACAAUUGAAACAGAACAUCUCCAACAGCGAUCAGUUGAUGUUCAGCAGGUUCAACAGUUUUCUUCCCAACAUUCUUAUGAAGCACAAAAUAUUACCCACAAGCAUUCAUUUAGUAGAGAGGAAAAUUCUCAACAGCAGUCAUAUAGCAUACAAGAUGGAGUUAUUCAUCAUCUUGAUGAAGCAGAUCAAAAUCAGAUUAUUCACCAACAGUUAGUUGAGGUUCAGCAAAUUACUCAGCCCAUUGAAAAAAAUCAAAUUAUUGAUGCUGUCCUUACUUCUCAGAGUCCCCAAGAAGGAAAGCAGAUUCCUCAAGCAGGAUUGCUUAUUGUAAAGCACACUACUACUGAACAGGUUUCAGGGGGGAUACAAUGUACAGUUGAUAGUCAGAAAAGCUUUCAAUUAGAGUACAAUACUCAAGAAAAACAAAUUGAUCAUGGCAACUCCACCAUUAUCAGUGGAAAACAGACUGAUGAUGAGAAAGAUGGCUCAUGGCAUGAUGCUUUGAAAGGUGCCUGGGAGCAAAGCUUUGGUCAGAUUGGUGGCAGUGAACAGAUAUUGGACAAGUAUGGGAAAGAAAUGUCAGUUGAAAAAAUAUGUGGCACUGUCACAAAUAGAAAAGAAGAUGCAAACAAUGCAGAAUUUACUGAAGACAAGCAGUAUAAUUUUGAUGGUAAAGAUGUUGCUGAUGGAGAUUCAGAAAAUCCUUUUCGAGAAACCUGUCAAGGAACAGAGUGGAAGGAAAGUAUUACACAGUGGGAGGAUUCAGCCACAGAGAGUAUUACAGCUGGAAAAGUCCGAGAGGGGUUUACUAGGACGUCUGGAAGAUCAGCUUCACAGUCAUCUAGUGAAUGUUCUUUAGAUGCUAUGAGCUCUCCCAAAAGUUGUGACAAAGGUGCAGUUUUUAAGUUUUCACACUGGACACCUGGUCGAACUCAGUCUGUCCGUCAAAUCAAGGUUCGUACGCAAGAUGUUCGUCGGACAACAAGUGUUGGAGGGGAAAAUGAACCUUGGUAUUCUACAAUGGAACAUCAUAUCAGAGUCUUAAAAGAUGAGAGAGAGAGCGUGCAGAAGAAGACUUUCAUGAAAUGGGUGAAUUCCCACCUGGUACGAGUGAACGCACGUAUAGGAGACCUAUAUGUGGACUUACGAGAUGGAAAGCAGCUCAUCAAACUCCUGGAAAUUCUUUCAGGAGAGAGAUUGCCACGACCGACCAAAGGAAAGAUGCGAAUUCACUGCUUGGAAAAUGUAGACAAAGCUCUUCAGUUCCUUCGUGAUCAGCGAGUCCACUUGGAGAACAUGGGUUCCCAUGAUAUUGUGGAUGGCAAUGCUCGCCUCACACUUGGUCUUAUCUGGACUAUCAUCCUUCGCUUCCAGAUCCAAGACAUCACCAUUGAAGAGACUGAGAACCAAGAGACCAAGAGUGCUAAGGAUGCUUUACUCCUCUGGUGCCAGAUGAAGACAGCUGGUUAUCAUAAUGUUAACAUCAGGAACUUUACCACCUCAUGGAGGGAUGGUUUAGCCUUCAAUGCUAUCAUUCACAAGCACAGGCCUGACUUGAUUCAGUAUGAGAAAUUGUCACGGUCAAAUGCAAUGUACAACCUCAAUAAUGCCUUCAAUGUUGCAGAAAACAAGUUAGGUCUCACCAAACUGUUGGAUGCAGAGGAUGUCUUUGUUGAACAGCCUGAUGAGAAGUCAAUUAUCACCUAUGUUGUCACCUACUACCACUACUUCUCCAAACUCAAGCAGGAGACAGUCCAGGGCAAACGUAUUGGCAAGGUUGUAGGUAUUGCAAUGGAGAAUGACAGAAUGAUUAGGGAAUAUGAGAGUCUUACAUCAGAUUUACUGAAGUGGAUUGAAGUCACUAUUGAAUCCCUAAAUGACAGAGUUUUCACCAACUCGCUUACUGGUGUACAAACGCAGCUCACACAAUUCAAUACUUACCGCACUGUGGAGAAACCACCAAAAUUCGUUGAGAAGGGCAACCUGGAGGUGCUGCUCUUCACUCUCCAAUCCAAAAUGAGAGCCAAUAACCAGAAACCCUAUUUGCCAAAGGAGGGCAAGAUGAUUAGUGACAUCAACAAGGCCUGGGAACGCCUGGAGAAGGCUGAGCAUGAACGUGAGUUGGCAUUGAGAGAGGAACUCAUUCGUCAAGAGAAGCUUGCACAACUUGCUGCUAGGUUCAACCGUAAGGCUGGCAUGAGAGAGACCUGGUUGUCUGAGAACCAGAGAUUGGUUUCCCAGGAUAACUUUGGUUUUGAUCUGGCUGCUGUUGAAGCUGCAGCAAAGAAGCACGAAGCCAUUGAGACAGACAUAUUUGCUUAUGAGGAGCGUGUACAGGCAGUAGUCUCAGUUGCUAAUGAGCUAGAAGCAGAACGUUAUCAUGAUAUCGAACGUAUCAAUGCUAGGAAAGACAACGUGCUACGCCUCUGGAACUACCUGCUUGAGCUUCUCAGGCUGCGCCGUAUGAGGCUUGAACUGUCUCUACAAUUGCAACAGAACUUCCAGGAAAUGAUGUAUAUCUUGGACUCCAUGGAAGACAUGAAGCUCCGUCUCCUGAGUGAAGACUAUGGAAAACAUCUCAUGGGUGUGGAGGACUUGUUACAGAAGCACUCUCUGCUGGAGGCUGACAUCAAUGUCUUGGGUGAACGUGUCAAGACAGUAAUUGAACAUUCUCAGCGGUUCCUUGAUGAUGAACAGGUUGAAGGAUAUCGUCCAUGUGACCCAUCUAUUGUGCUGGAGCGUGUGCAGCAACUCGAAGAUGCAUAUGGUGAGCUUGUCAAGUUGGCUGUUGAGAGGCGUCUCCGCCUGGAAGAGUCACGCAAGUUGUGGCAGUUCUACUGGGACAUGGCAGAGGAAGAGAACUGGAUCAAGGAGAAAGAACAGAUUCUCUCCACCUCAGACAUUGGGCAUGAUCUCAUUACUGUAAACUUGCUCUUGACCAAACACAAAACAGUUGAAGAAGAGUUGUUGUCACAUGAUCCACAACUCAAGGCAGUUGUCAAGAGUGGAGAAGAGCUUAUUGCUCAGCAACACUUUGGCUCUGAUAAGAUUCAGGAAAGAAUUGAUGAAAUUAUGACCAUGUGGACUACCCUUACAGAGAGAUCAGCCAACCGUAAGAAGAGGCUGACCGAUGCUGUAGACCUGCAUCAAUUCUACACAGAAGCCGAUGAUGUUGAUACCUGGAUGUUGGAUAUUUUGCGACUGGUAUCAAGUGAAGAUACUGGCAGGGAUGAAGCCACUGUGCAGUCUCUCUUGAAGAAACACAAGGAUGUUACUGAUGAGCUGAAGAACUAUGCUAGCACAAUUGAACAGUUGCACCAACAGGCAUCAGAGCUCAAUGAGGUUGACAGAGAAUCACCUGUGGUCAUCGAAAGAUUGGCAUCGAUUGAUCGUAGAUACAAAGAAUUGCUUGAACUGGCUAAGGUGCGCAAGCAGAGAUUGCUGGAUGCUCUGUCACUAUAUAAAUUGUUCACAGAGGCAGAUGGUGUUGAACAAUGGAUUGCAGAAAAGGAGCGUAUGCUUCUUACCAUGGUGCCAGCUAAGGACAUUGAAGACUGUGAGAUCAUGAAGCACAGAUAUGAAGGAUUUGAACAAGAAAUGAAUGCCAAUGCUAGUCGAGUAGCAGUUGUGAACCAGCUGGCUCGUCAGUUGUUGCACGUUGAGCAUCCUAACUCAGAGGACAUCAUUGCCCGUCAGAACCAGCUAAACCAACGGUGGGCCGAGCUCAGAGAAAAGGCAGAAAGCAAGCGUGAAGAACUCAGCUCUGCCCAUGGUGUUCAAACAUUCCAUAUUGAAUGUAGAGAAACAGUUCUUUGGAUUGAAGAUAAGAAACGUGUGUUGAUGGAAACUGCCGACCUAGGCACAGAUCUCAGUGGCAUCAUGACACUCCAGCGUCGUCUCUCUGGCAUGGAAAGAGACCUGGCAGCUAUUCAGGCUAAACUUGAUGCCCUUGAAAGUGAAGCAGAUAAGAUCAGCCAAGAUCAUCCAGAAGAGGCUGAACUCAUCCGUGAGCGCAUUGAACAGAUCCGUUCAGUGUGGGACCAACUCACUCAGCUUCUCAAGGAGCGUGAUGCUAAACUUGAAGAGGCUGGUGAUCUUCAUCGCUUCUUGAGAGAUUUGGACCACUUCCAGUCAUGGUUAACCAAGACAAUGACAGAUGUGGCAUCAGAAGAUAUUCCUUCAAAUCUUGCAGAAGCAGAGAAGCUGCUGAGCCAGCACCAGUCCAUUCGCGAGGAGAUUGAUAAUUACACAGAAGACUAUAUUAAGAUGAUGGAGUAUGGUGAACGUAUUACAGCAGAAGAUGUUACGCCAGCAGAUGAUGCACAGUACAUGUUCUUGAGAGAGAGACUGAAGGCCCUCAAGGAUGGAUGGGCAGAGUUGCACCAGAUGUGGGAGAACAGACAGGAACUUCUGUCACAGUCCCUUAACUUACAGAUGUUCUUGCGUGAUGCCAAACAGGGAGAGGUUCUCCUCAGUCAACAGGAACAUUACCUUAGCAAGGAUGAGACUCCAACCAAUUUGGAACAGGCAGAGAACCUUAUCAAGAGGCAUGAGGCAUUCCUUACUACCAUGGAAGCUAAUGAUGAGAAGAUCAAUGGCAUCUGCCAGUUUGCUCAGAGAUUACUUGAUGAAGAACAUUUUGCUGCUGACAAAAUUCAGAAAAAGGCAGAAAAUAUUGAAGAACGCCGACAGCAGAAUAGAGAUCGCGCCAUGGAACAGAUGGAACGCCUACGGGACCAACUCCAAGUCCAUCAGUUCCUUCAAGAUUGCGAAGAACUUAAUGAUUGGGUACAAGAAAAACAUAUCAUUGCUCAAGAUGAGAGCUACCGAUCAGCUAAGACAGUUCACAGUAAAUGGACCCGACACCAGGCCUUCGAAGCAGAAAUUGCUAGUAACAAAGACAGAUUGGUUAGAGUACAAGAAGCUGGAGAAGUGUUGGUAAAAGAGAAGCCCGAAAUGGCUGAACUAAUUGGACCAAAGAUAUCGGAAUUAAAUCAACACUUUGAUGCCCUAGAAACCACCACUAAAGAAAAGGGAGAACGACUCUUUGAUGCUAACAGACAGGUGCUUUAUGAACAGACAUGUGAUGACAUUGACACCUGGAUGACAGAUCUUGAGAAGCAGAUUGAAGGUGGAGACACUGGAAUGGAUCUGACAUCUGUAAACAUUCUUAUGCAGAAGCAACAAAUGAUUGAGACACAGAUGGCUGUUAAGGCCAAGCAGGUUGAACAACUGGAGAGCCAGGCAGACUACCUGCAGCGCAUGACACCUGAGAAGACAGAGGAAAUCAAACACAUGAAGUCAAAAGUGGAAGCCAAAUUUGAGUCCCUUAAAGCUCCUCUUGUUGAACGCAAUGUGUUGUUAGCCAAGAAGAAAGAGGCAUACCAGUUCAGGAGAGAUGUUGAGGAUGAGAAGCUCUGGAUUUUAGAGAAAAUGCCUCUAGCAACAAGCCCUGAUUAUGGCAACUCCCUGUUCACCGUCCACAUGCUAAAGAAGAAACUCCAGUCCCUUAGUACAGAGAUUGAUAACCACGAACCUAGAAUUAAUUUAGUCUGUGACAAUGGUAGGAAGCUCAUUGAAGAGGGACAUGUGGAUGCUGAAGAAUUCCAGAAACUGCUUGAGGAUCUGCUCGAUCACUGGACCAAACUCAAAGAUGCUAUGGAACACAGGCGAUCGAAACUCCUGGUGUCUGAGAAAGCACAACAGUACCUCUUUGAUGCAGGUGAAGCUGAGGUAUGGAUGAGUGAGCAAGAGUUAUACAUGAUGGUAGAGGACAGAGGCAAGGAUGAAAUCUCCGCACAGAACCUGAUGAAGAAACACCAAACUCUAGAAAACUCUGUUGAUGACUAUGCUGAGACGAUAAGACAACUAGGAGAGACAGCUAGACAUCUCAUCAAUGAAGGCCAUCCUGACAGUGAACAGAUUGGUAUCCGACAAUCCCAAAUUGAUAAGUUGUAUGCAGGACUGAGAGAUCUGGCAGUUGAGCGCCGUAGUAAGUUGGAUGAAGCUCUCAAAUUGUUCAUGCUUAACCGUGAGGUUGAUGACUUGGAACAAUGGAUUGCUGAGAGGGAAGUGGUUGCAGGAUCUCAUGAACUUGGACAAGAUUAUGAACAUGUCACGAUGCUACGAGACAGAUUUAAGGAAUUCGCUCGUGAUACAGAGGCAACUGGAACAGAACGUGUUGCAGCUGUUAACGAGAUUGCUGAUCAGCUCAUAUCAGCUGGCCAUUCUGAUGCAGCAACGAUAGCAGAAUGGAAGGAUGGCUUGAAUGAAUCUUGGGCUGACCUCCUAGAGUUGAUUGAGACACGCACCCAGAUGUUGGCAGCUUCAUGGGAACUCCACAAAUUCUUCCAUGAUUGCAAGGAUGUUCUUAGCCGAAUUUUGGAGAAACAGAACAGUAUCUCGGAUGAGCUUGGGCGUGAUGCAGGUUCAGUAUCUGCACUACAGAGGAAACAUCAGAACUUUGUGCAGGAUCUGGUCAUGUUGAAACAACAGGUGGAACAAAUUCAAGAAGACUCAUCCAAGCUCCAAGCUGCUUAUGCUGGUGAUAAGGCGAGAGAGAUUACAAACAGAGAAGCUGAGGUUGUGUCUGCAUGGUUGAACAUGCAAGGAAUGUGUGAGGAUCGUCGUAUCAAACUCAACGACACUAGUGACUUGUUCAAAUUCUUCAAUAUGGUGCGCACACUUAUCCUCUGGAUGGAUGAUGUUAUUCGGCAGAUGAACACUACAGAAAAGCCAAGGGAUGUUAGUGGUGUAGAAUUACUAAUGAAUAACCAUCAGAGCCUGAAAGCGGAAAUUGACGCUCGAGAAGACAACUUCAAUGUGUGUGUGUCACUCGGAAAAGAACUUCUCUCUCGCAACCACUAUGCUUCAGGAGAGAUUAAAGACAAGUUGAUGUCUUUGAGUAACCAGCGCAACAACAUGCUUCAGCGCUGGGAGGAACGAUGGGAACAUUUGCAGCUCAUUCUGGAGGUGUACCAGUUUGCUCGUGAUGCUUCAGUUGCUGAACAGUGGCUAAUGGCACAGGAACCAUACCUAACUUCGACAGAACUUGGAGUAAGUUCUAUUGAUGAACUUAUGAAUUGGUUGAUGAUGAGGUCAAUUGAUGAUGUGGAAAAUCUCAUCAAAAAGCACGAAGCCUUUGAGAAGGCGUGUUCAGCUCAGGAGGAACGGUUUGCUGCGCUUGAGAGGUUAACAACGCUAGAAGCCAUAGCAAAAACAGAUUCUCCGAAGCCAUCAGAUGCCUUGGGUGAUGGGAGUAGCAUAGAAGUUCUUCCUUCAUUCAACUGUUUCAUCUCCCUUCCUCCCUAUUCCCCAAGACCACCCAACAUGCGUCGUCAUUCCUUACCCACCCCUGUACAUGCUUUCUUUACAGCAUUUUCAUGUCCUGCACUCACAGAAAUACAAGCCAACAGACACAGCUUUCCAAUUAGAUUGUCGUCUGAGAUUUCAUUAGUUAAGAUGUAUCCUAAAGGAUCUUUGAAGCGUCAUAGAAAGAGACUGAAUUCAAGCUCAAACCCACAACUCUCUCAGACCAUCCACAUAAAAGAUUCACACACUGAUAACCUCUUUGCAGAAAUGCGUAAUCAGAGAUGUAGUUAUUACAUAGACAGACCUGUUAGUGAUCCAGUGGAGAAUUCAGUGAUGAUUAGUUCAAAAGUGUCAUCAGUUGACAGCCCAUUCACCUCUCCAAGUGUCGGUAAUGAUAGAAAUGAUAAGAAAUCAGAUGGUAUGAUUUUACUAGAGGAACCACAAAAAGACUGGGAUUGUAAAUCAUCAAGUUCAGUUGGCGAGUUUGUAAGUCUAGAUCAUUAUGAAGCUCCCUAUCUAGAAGAGUCUUUGUAUAGAAUAACAGAAUUUUGCUUCUCUGAAAAGAAUGAACAUCAGGAUGUUGGUUUUGAAUGUACUGAUAAUGUUGUUUUAAGGGUGCCUGAAGAUGACAGUGGAGGUGAAAAUUGUCAGAGAAUAGGGAGAAGUCAGGUAUACAGUUUUGCUGAUAAUGUGAGAGAUAGCACAACCCUUCCUCCAAUAUAUGAAAUGGAGGGGGAAGGCCUUGAUGUCACAGAACUUAGCAACCCUUCUGGUUCUGUAGAGUUUUGGAGUUAUGAAAGUCUCUUAGAUGAUAAAACAGAUAUAGUUAAUAAUUCCACUGAUGCCCUAAGGAAUUCAGAGAGAGAAAAGGUUUUGUCCCAUGCUCAGUAUUGUGGAGAUAAUGAUUCCAUAAUGAGUUAUUAUCCAGUUAUUCCUUGUAAUGGCUUAAAAGACACAGUGCGUAAUGUGGACCAUCUUGUAGCUAGGCUAGAUGGUGUCUCUGUACAGGGGUGCCCCUCUCCUGCAUCUCCUUUUCCUCUAACACCUCCUAACACUUGUGAUUCCUCUCCUAAACUCACUAAUGGUAAACACACUCCAAGAAAUAACCUGCAUGCACUCUCUCAGGUGAAGUUUGAGUUGAAAGAACUCAAGAGGAAAGAAGAGGAGGAGGAGGAAGAACGACGAAGACAAGAGGAGUUGGCAAGACAAGCAGCUGCUCCUCCUCCUCAGUCACCUGACCAACCAACAGAUGGAAUUGAUGGUGCAGGAGAUGACUCACAUGUUAAUGGUGAAGAGCACGAUGAAUCACGAGAAGAGCAUGAAGAGGGUGCUGCAGUGAAGGGGGGAAGUGCACCUGGCACCCCUCGGCCCCCCUCCACUCCCGUCACCCCGACCCCAACAGCGGCUGCAGUCAGAGCCCGUCCGGGCUCGGCAACUCUCCCACCCAAGUCGUCGAUUUCACCCCUCGCCUCGACCCCUACUCCUGCUAGUAAGGAGUCGCGACGGAGGGUGCGUUCUAGGUCCAAGUCCCCCUUCCGCUCUUUCCGCUGGAAGAAAACCAAGCAAUCUCCAUCCGAAGCACCGGGUAGUGCAUCUGACGAUGAGUCCAAUCUGGAGAGGGCAGCAGAACGGCCGAGUCCCAGUGGAGACGAAGAUCAGCUGGAAGGCAGUCUGGUUCGCAAGCAUGAAUGGGAGUCCACUACAAAGAAGGCAUCCAACAGGUCCUGGGAUAAGGUAUUUGUGGUGCUACGUGGCAACAUGAUUUUCUUCUAUAAAGACCGCAAGAGUUACCAGGCUGCCCCAGAAGUUUUCUUCAGAGCGGAAGCCCCUGUUGAUGUCUCUGGGGGAACAGCAUCUGUGGCAGAUGACUACACAAAGAAGAAGCAUGUCAUGCGACUCAAGCUUGUUGGUGGUGCUGAGUACCUGUUCCAAGCCAAAGAUGAAGAGGAGUUGGCAGUAUGGGUAGGAGCUCUUCAAGUUGCAGUAUCCUCUGAAGGAUCAGCUGGGCCUUCUCGCUCUCAGACAUUGCCUGCUGGCUCAGAGAAGAAAGACGAGCCAAAACGUCGCAGCUUCUUCACCCUCAAGAAGAAAUAAAUAAACUCUAAAAUUUGCCCCUCCUACUUUCCCCAUCCCAGAUGUAUAUCUCCCCUCCCCUCAUCUCGUUUCACUCACUCUUCCCCAUGUGAUCUUCUCUCCCUCUACAUCCUCUUAAGGAAACAUUAACCCCCCCCUCUCCCUUUUGCCCUCCAAAAGCAACUAUCCUAGAUCCUCCCGAGCCUAAUUUUGGACCCAGUGUGACACUUAUACUUGUGGGAGUUAGAAAGCUAGCGCUGGUUGGGUACAUGUUGUUGGCUGCUGUCUUUAAAUGCCGCUGGGAUUGGAAAGGAAAAACAAAAUCUGCUAUAUAAGCCAUCAUAAGCUUCUCUUUAUGCAGUAACUCCCAGGCUGGGUCUGAAUAGUCACAUGAUUAGGACUUGUUCUUAAUAUAUAUUUUUUUGUGCAUAUUUCCCCUCCCCCCCCUCUAUCUCCCUCUUUUAACAUACCUUUCCCUUUGCUGGGAUUUGAGUUGUGUAGAUGGUACCAUACAUGGUAUUACUGUUAUUAUUUUUUUUCCCCUAAGGAAUAUAAACUGUUAACAGUUUUGUGUAAUAGCUCUGGUGGAAGGACAUGCGAGUCUGUGCAGUUCCCAAUUCUUGUCUGCCUAGCACUGCCACGGCUGAGUUUUCCGAUUAGUGUUCCUCUAUGUGUAGAGGAUUGUGUGUGGAAAUGUAUAUUAAGUGUUUUGUCAUUUGUCACUUACUUUAUCCAAGUAAUGAUUUGUUAAUUUUUAUCAGUCUUUAGCUGUAGUAUCACAUUUUCAUUAGAUAGCACUAAUUGUACUGUACAGAAAUAAUAGAAUCAUACCUAUUAUGCUGCUUUGUGCUUACAUUUUUAGAGAUAUGAUAUUUCAUGUACCACUUCAUAGUCGUUCAAAUCAUUACCAGAGUAUGGAAGGCCAGCCAGUACCAUAAUUCUUGUGAAUGGGCAAAUACAUGCUGCUUUAAAAUGUAUGUGUGGCACAGUUAUAACCAUUUAUAUCCCAUAAACCUUUAAUCCUAAAUGGUCAUAUCCUACUAAAUCAAGUUCACAAGUUUGCUGUCUCUACUUUCAAAAACCAAAAAAUGCCAAAAAAAGGACUGAAGACCUGCAGAAUGAUGUGCUAAGACUGGCCACCCUCUACCAGACGGCCAAUGUGCCCUUGUGGUCAAGAUGAACACGGUAUGAUUAUUUGCCCUCAUUGUGCUCGAUUUUGUGCUUUAAUUAACUUCUAAUUACAGGUUGACUAGUUCUCUGCUGGGGCAUCUUACAUUAUGUUUGGAAAGCAAAAGUUUUCUUAAACAAAUUCUAAAUUAAAUUGCUCUAUUAAUAAAUUAAUUAAAAAAAACAAAAACAUUCUAGUCAGGGAACAACAAGAAAAUUAUUCUUCCAUGAGUUUGUCUCACUAUCAUAUACCUUGGUGUAUAUGUUUCCCAGUUAGGGUUGAGAUGUGUGAUUAUUCUCCCAGCUGUUACGCAUAGCUAACAUUGGAUGUCAGCUGUGAUGUUGUGUUUUAGGUUGUCCUUGAUAAAUCUAUAUUUGUAUGUGAAUGUUCCCUCUUUUUUUUUCUUUUUCACUACCCAAGUUGGUAUUAUAAGAAUCUCCAGCAGAGAAUAGGGCAGCAGAUGGUGACUAACAACAGUUAUGUGCAUUGUCUCACAAGCUAGACAUCUAUUGGUCAUCUGUACCACUAACUUUUUAUUGGAGGGAUGUUAGAUACAUGCUUAAUAGCUUCUUAGUUUAGGGUAAGAUUUCAGCCUAAAAUUACUAAAGAGAGGUAAUUUUAAUUGUUACAAGAUAAAAGUAAACACUGUAUAUCAUAUAUUGUGACACUUAAAUAAAAUGGUUUAAGCUAUAA